UUAUAUUCUCCCCGCCCCUCGUCUGUGUUUUUCCCGGAAGCGGAAGUCCUCCUCCCGGUAGAGCGACGGCAGCAGCAGCCCAUAAUAUAUCCAUGCAGCAGCCUCGGUCCGGUGACACUUGUCGUCGCCAGACAGCUAACUAUAGCACGGGUCGGGCCCGGUCGGGUUGGAUUGGUACGAUACCUUCCUCACUAGAGCAGUAAACAUUAUGGCGGCCGCGGAUCCCCGGUCCUCGAGUGACGGCGGGCCGGCCAACAGAGGAGGAUUCCCGGCCGGGGAGAGCAGCAACGACCGCGACGGGCCGGGCGGCAGCAGCAGCGGCGGCGGGGAGGGCGAACCGGAGCGGGACCGAGCCACCUUCGAGUGCAACAUUUGUUUGGACACUGCCAGGGACGCUGUCAUCAGUAUGUGCGGCCACUUGUUCUGCUGGCCCUGUCUUCAUCAAUGGUUGGAGACGCGACCCAGCAGGCAGCAGUGUCCUGUAUGUAAAGCGGGCAUCAGCAGGGAGAAAGUCAUCCCACUGUACGGCAGAGGGAGCUCCAGCCAAGAGGACCCCAGGUUGAAAACUCCACCUCGGCCUCCGGGACAGAGAACAGAGCCAGAGGGGCGAGGCGGGAUGUUUCAGGGUUUCGGGGACACUGGCUUUCACAUGUCUUUCGGCAUCGGCGCAUUCCCCUUCGGCUUCUUCACCACAGUCUUCAACGCCAACGACCCCUUUCACAGAACAGACCAGUAUGCAGGUGACCACCAAGGCAACAGUAACCUCAACAACGGCAAUAACAACUGGCAAGACUCCCUCUUCCUGUUCGUGGCCAUCUUUUUCUUCUUCUGGCUCCUGAGUGUGUGAUGGAGACCUGACGGGAGGGACGGACCGAUAGACGAGGGGAUCGAGAAGCGCAAAAAAAAAAAAAAAAAAAAAAUUAUUAAAAAGAAACUCUCGCACACUAAACUCAAGCCACAGACACACACUCAUUUUUACAUUUCCUAGCAGGUACUAGCUUGGGAGAGAGCCCAGCAUUGUGUUUGAUCACGAAACAAGAGAUACAGUAUAUAUAUUACAUAAACUAAUAUUUGGUUUUCUCCUGGCAAAGGCAGAUUCUCUUUAGGAUUCUUAGUCCCACCCACCUGCUUUGUUGAUUUUGUUUAUGCAAGAAAUGCUGGGAAGUAGUGGUGCUUGAAUCCCCAAAUAAGUCAUGUUGGCACCUGUAGAUAUAUGCACACAGAAAAAUAACUGUUGGGCUUCAGAGACAGUAUUAAUAAAUCGAGGUGACCUAUGUAAAGGAUUUUUUUUUUUUUUCUUUUUAAAGAGGUGGGUGGAGGAUAAUUCGGGACAGUGACUAAUUCUCUUUUGGUUUUUCACAUUCCUCUUAAAGGUCUAUGCCUUCAAUAGAGAGAGGGAGGCAUGUUGUGGAAAGUUUAAGUGAGGGUUUGAGAACAUAGUUGUUGCUAUAGCUACUUUACCUUACUCUCAAAGGCCAAAGAGUAGCGGAUCAGUCAUGAACGACUUUGGCAGAGAGGGGAAAAGUUUAGAGUUUAGAAUUGAACGAGUACUCCUACAAUUUGCAACUUGGGACAAUCGAAAUAGCAAAGGUGGAUGCAUUUUUUUAAUAUACAUGUCUUAACAAAACCUGCCAUUGCACUGUGAAGUCAUUUAUAGACGGAGCUGUCCUAAAGAUUGAGGCGUGUGCUGGUGUUCAACCACUUAUUGUGUCUUUUCCUCACAAAGCUGUACAAACAUGGAUGGGUGAACCGUUAAAGGGCCCGUUUGGGAGAUUUUUGCGUCGUCAUGAGCAACUUGAGAGUAAAAAGGAAUCUGACACACACAGUUUGGUAAUUUCAGUUCUGGCUCAUAUAGUAGCUCUAUGAGAUGCUACACAACUCGCCAUGACGGCUGAGUCGGUGCAGUCUUAACAGGUGAAAGAAUCCUUUCAAUGAGUCGUGGAGGUGAAAAGGUCAGCACCGAGAAUUUACAGGAACUUUGUCACAGUCGAUUUGUGUUUUUUUUUCCUGACUGUAUGUGUCUGUGUGUCCGAGUGAGUGUGUAAACAUUAUAUAUUUGUACAUAUAAAUAUUGUAAAAGCUGUUUUUACGUGUUUUCUGAGUGGAUGACUAGCCACAGAGGGCGAUAGAGGACAAUACUCAAGUAGGCCUCAAGAUGCUUUUGUAAAGCGAGAAAUAAUCUUUUUCCUUGUUUUUCCACUAAUUACUUGCUUUGACUUAAGAUUUUUUUUUUCAGCCCAAAUAAAUAAAUUCUGCCAACCUCUCCCUUUAAGUUAAAUGAAUGUUAUAAGCGCAAAGUUUGUCCUUCCCUGCUAAUGUGAUUUGAUAUGAGGAUAUCUGCUCUCUUCUAAUGUUACUGUACAAAGUUUUUGAAGCAGUUGAGUGACUUAGAACUAAAGUAACACACAUUUAUGUUAAUAUUUGACAAUUUAACCAGCAAGAAGUGCUUCUUUUGCUGCUUUCUAACGCUACACCCUCCAGAUUGGUUUCAUUUUCAAACUUUACUCUUAAGUCCCAACCAACGAGUACAUGUCAGAUUUUGCGCACCUUUCUGGAGCAAGAAAAGGCUUCAUACAACUUUUUCAAACAUAUACAGUAGUACUCCCAGUAGUAAAAUCAUCAGAAUUGAGCUAAACUAGAAGUAACGAAUCGGGUGUUGGGCACUCAAACAUUCACACCAGGGUCAGAGAUGACACUGAAGGUCCUCUGUGGGAUGGACGGGGUGAGCUUGUCAUUUCUUGCAUACUUGUCCAUUCAAGCUACACUUUGUAUUAUAAAGCUUAUGUGACACUAAAACAAGUGAUGGAAGUCCCGAUUUGACUAAAACUGGAGACAUUGUGCAAAACCAAAUGAUGUAGGAGAUUAAAACUUAAUUAAAACAUUGACUGGUUUUGUGUCGUCACUUUCUGCCUUUUUAAUGUUAUCAAAAGACUUCUCGGGUCUGUUUAUCUCAGUUCUUUAAAUGUACGAAAUAAUAGAAGAAUAAAAAUCCCCCUUUUAGUUGCUUUUGUUUUGAUGUUGGUAAUAAAAUGAUAAUAUCAACCAAAAUGUCUGUUUACAUGUACAGGACACAGGAUGAGAAAAAGUGAGGGUUCAAGUG